UAUUUUGUUCAAUUUAAAAGGAAAGCUUUUAGUCAAGUUGAAGAAAUUUAAAUUAGAGGUCAACAUGGGCUCGAUGAAAAUCAUAAUAUUAUCAGUCAUAUAUAACGUGCAAAUAUUUUCGAGACAUUGGUUGAUGAGAACUUCACAGUUAAGUCUCAGUCUGCGUCCAGAAUGUUAGCGAAUAAAGAUCUUGUUAUAUGUUUUCUCUUUCUGUGGUGUUUCAUAAUUAAUGCAAAAUGUCAAGAUCUAGAAGAAAUGUCUAAAACAUUAGAUGAAAUACUUAUCAAUACUAGAUCAUUUCGAAGACCACGAAAUUAUGAAGAUAAACCAUUAAUUUGGCAAGAAUAUGAAUUCAAUACUGCAGCUGGAAAUAGAGAAGAUCUUAUUGUAACAAAUAUUUCAUUGCAUACAUUUGUUAAUAUAAAUGAAAACAUCAACAUAUCAAGAAACAAUUGGCAAUUUUUGCAAACAGACACAAAUUAUUUAAUUUGUGCCAAAAAUUCAACGUUGCUUUUCUACAAGAUUAAUUUAGAUGAUUUAUCCAUUGAACGUAUUAUAAGUAUAUUGACAGACGGACACAUAUUACAAUUUAAAGUUCUCCAUUUCAAUAACGAGGCAAUAUCUAAUAAAAAUCACGCAAACAAUUUAUUGGCAGUUUUACUUAUUAAAUCUCAGCAUGGCUAUUUCCUGUAUUGGUAUAAAAUUUUCGGAAAUACAUAUGUAUUAUAUUCAAUGUGGCCCAUACGGAAGCAAAUUCAAAAUAUGGAAUUCGUGCAAGAAGGAAAUCAACAUGAAUUAUUGCUACUAGACAAUGAUACAUAUUUCGAAGGACAAUCGCUUAUUGAUGUUUACAGUUUUAAUGUUGAUUAUAACAAUCAUCGCAUUGAUAUAUGGUUUUGUCGACGGUUAUUUGUUCCAAAAAUAUUUAAUAUUCAAGUUUGUCCGAUUUACGGGCGCACUGUGCUAGCUUUUCAAGGGAUUGACAGUGUUAUAUUAUACAAAUCAAAAAGUGAAGAUAAAUUGUGCCAAUAUGAAAAAUUAGAAGUUAUUAAAUCCAACAAACUUGCAAAUGUUGUCUGCUUUGAGAGUGGUUAUAUUGAAUAUUUAGCAAUUGGCGGAGAAAAGUUGCGUUUGCUUCAUUUCUUUGAAAACGAAUUUCAAGAUAUUGCUGAAAUAAAUUCACAUUUCAAUGAAACAAUUGAAAUUUUGUGGAUAGGCACUAUACCACUAAACACAUAUCGAGACGAGUCAUUGUUACUAGUUCAAUUACAAAAUUUAACAGUAAUUGCGUUUGCUUGGCAUGGAUUAAAGUAUAAAGCUAUACCUUUACCUAAUCAGAUUAUAAGCAAGUUUGAUCUGUCAAAAAUUGUCGUUAUUCCAAAAGUUGGAUUCGUACAUAGGAAUGCAUUUGUGCGCAUAGAAGUGAUCUUAAAUGAAUUAGUGCAGCCUAUUCACAAUAAGAUGGAAAGCGUGUUAAAGACACGAGCUUUAUUGGAGGAAGUUUUUCGAAAACAGGAAGCUGUCUUUUAUGAGACUGAAGUACGAUUUAAUGAAAGUUAUUUUAAGAAUCCUACAAUAGCAGGAUUUUGGAAUUUUUCAAAAAUAAAUGUAUUAAAUGCUACAAUCGAAAAACAUGUAAAUUAUGGCGCUGUUAAAGUCGGUCAAAUUGAUUUGGGAAUAAAUGAUAUAUCGACAAACGUGACAUUAAAUUUAAAAAAACUAAAAGAGUUAGAAGCUAAACUCGAGCAGGUUAUAUCGGAUUUGAAAAACAUAACUAAUUCGACAAGCAUUGUCUUGUCAGAUAUCGAAUUUACUGGAGAUUUUCUGGUGAAUGGUACACUAUAUGCCAAGAAUGUAACUGCUGCAUUUAUUAAUAAUGUAUCAACUUCGAUCAUAGUGAACAGUAUUGUAAAUGAUAUCCCUGAUAUUAUCAAUGGUCAGAAAUCUUUUCCUGCUAUCAACACCGAUGACUUAACGGUUUUCUCUUUAAAUGACAUACCGUUGGCAAAAAUUGUUUUUGGUUUUCCAAUCAAAAAUUAUAGUGAUGUAAAUUUUUCAAAAAUAAGGCGAUUAGAAAUUAACGGACAUUUAAGCUUUUCUGAGAUAAAUGAUAUUAAUUGGAAGAAUUUGAUGCAAAAUAUAAUUUGGAGAGAUAAUUCGACAACAAUUUCUGGAAAGACGAUCGUGGAAAAACUUUUCGCCGAAGAAGCUAAUGUCGAAAAUUUAAAUCAUUUGCGAUAUCCAGAGGAUUAUGUUCUAAUGAGUAAUAGAUUAUCUAACAUUACGGGUAUAAAGCAUUUUGCCAAUCUGUCUAUUAGACAUUUAUUAAGUAUCAACGCAAUAAAUAAAAUAAAUAUUGACGAUUAUGUUAUUCUUAACAAACAUGAGUUUAUUAAUGAAGAAAUUACUUUUGAGAAUCUGGAAAUUGUUGGAACUUUUCAGAUCGAUGGAAAUAUAACAGGUAUUAACGUAAGCAGCACAGAGGGCUUACUUAACGAAACUAAUAGCCUUUUAUCAGAUGUUAUUUUUGAAAAUUUGACUAUUAUGGGAAAUAUAAUACUCCAAGAUUCAAUUAAUACUAAAACAUGGUUAGACUUUGAUGAUCUUUUGUUAAAAACUGAGGCAAAUGCAAUAAUUACUGCAAAUAAAAAGUUUUUGAACAACGUCAACGUAAAGUCCAACGCUACAAUUAUUUCCAGACGAAUUAAUAACCAUCUUUUCUCGGAAUUUGUAACAUUAAACACUAAUCAAGAAUUUCCACAUUUGACAAAAAUAUCGCCGAAUGUCAUGUUUGGAAAUAUAACUCUUGAUACCAUGAAAAAGUUGGAGGAUUAUGUAAUUUACGAACAAAAUAUCACUUUUGGUUGUUUAAACAAAGUAUUGUUCUUUAUUAGACCACCUAUCAUUGAUGAUUUGUCUUUUGAUACCAUAAAUCAAAUUAUUUCUCAAACCACUUUUUUUGAUAAAUUAAACGAAUUUUUUCAAGAAGUCUAUUUUGAGAACUUGACGUUCUCUACAUUAUCGGCCGAAGAGAUCUUGCCAAACACAAUCAAUGGAAUUAAUUAUACAGAUUUAGCUAAAUGUGUAUUAACACCCUAUACUCAGCAAAAUUUAACAGGUGCUUUAGUAAUUGACAACUUAAAAACUGACCUCUUAGACAUAACAUUCAUCAAUGGAAUAUCAUUGAAUACAUGGAAUCUAUUAUUGACAAAUGCAAAAUCACUUUAUAAUAACAUGUUUGACGGAAAUGUGUCAAUAAAAUCCCUACGAGUGACAGGUAUGAUAAUGACGUCUUUGAUCAAUGACGACGAUAUCAUUAACAUUUAUAAGGAAUACAACAUGGCAAAUGUUAUCUUCGAUAAAAAUGUGUCAAUUGAAAAUUUAAAAAUAAUUGGCUUUGUAAACGGUUUGAAUCUAUCUAAAUUUAUCGCUGAUGCUGUUCAGAAAACUGAUAAAAAUAUUACAUUUAUAAAUCGCAAAACAUUCAAAAAUAUCACAUGUGAAUUUUUGAAAAUGCAAUUUAUAAAUGGGCAUUUCGUAAAAGACAUUUUGGAUCCAAAUGAAAAACAAAUGCUCAAAGGACCAGUUGUUAUAAAAGGCUCGAUCACCGUUUUAAGAAACUUUAAUACAACUGGCAGAAUUGGAAAUGUUGUAUUCCUAAGUGAUUUCACAAAUAGAUUUAAGGCACUUGAAGCUAAUUCUUAUGCUCUUUGUGGUAAUUUCUAUUUCACUGAGACUUCCUCGAUAAUAAGAUUGAAUGUAAGUGGAUUCAUUCAAGAAUUAAUGUUGAACAAUUUCAUGGAAACAAUAAUUUUUAAAAAUUAUGGAAAUAUUACAAUUUCUGGAUUAAAAUUAUUCAACAAUUCAGUCACGUUCAAUGACGCAUUUAACAUCGAUGGCAGCUUGAAUGAUUUAGAUUUAUAUAGAUUUCACAAAAGUGUUGUUUAUGUUGAUAAACCUUUUUCGAUCGAUACCAAAAUCAUAUUCAAAGAAGAUAUUUAUCUACAAAAAAAUCUCCUAGUAAAAAGAAAAUUACAAUCAAGUACCAUCAUGGGAGUUGAUAUGACAGAUUUACAUGAGAAUGUUAUCAUUCUUAAUAAGCCUAAAUAUUUUUCAGCACGGAUGGCAUUUGACAAUGUGACUUUUCAGACAAGCUUAAAAGUCAUACAAAUCAACGAGUUGCAAACAAACCUAUUGAUUUCAUUAAAUACGCAACAGUUUAUUAUGACUGAUAAACUUAAUUGCACUAAUAUCGUUGUUAGAAACAUUCAGAUAUUAGGACGCGUUAACACUUUCUAUAUAGAGGAUAUUUAUGCAGAUACUUUUAUGAUAUAUGGUAACCAGAAUAUUAUGGGAAACAUAAAGAUACGAGGAAACAUUUAUGCAUUUCAUGAUUUCAAUGCUUAUUUCAUCAAUAGUUUUAAUCCAAAAAGAAUUGUUUCUUUAAUUGAAACCGACAUUUUAACUGGAAAAUUUAUGUUUAAAACUCCAGUUAUUCUUAAUAAAAGUCUUAGAAUUUUGGGUCUUCUAAACAAAAUAAAUCCAAUUAAUUGGCAAGGAAUAGCAAUAAGGACAAUGAGUAAGACAAAGCAAAUUAUAUCUGGAAAGUGGAGAGUAUAUGGAAACGUCCAUUAUGAAAAAAAUAUUGAUGGAAGUGAGCUUUUAAAUGGAAUUAAUAUUACUGAGAUAUCAUUUGUUUUGGCAACAGAACAUCUCGAAAUAGAUCAUGUCAUUGAGGAAACAUAGAAAGAUUUGAAUAACAUAUGUGCAUUGCAUUUAAAUAUGCUCAAAUGCAAUGCUGUAAAUCAGAUAUAUAA